UUGGUACAUUUUUGAUCGAAAAAUUGAUACACUUGAAAACAAAUUUUGUAUGGUUUUUUCAUUUACUUUUGGAUUGGUAAUCCAAAAUAUUUUCUUAUAAUAAAAAUUGUAUAUUUAUUGAUUAAUAAUAUCAUCAUCUAUAAAUAUUUACUCAUUACAUUGAUUUCUUAAUUAUCAGAACCGCUGAGAUGAAUACUCUACUGAGUACUAUUAGAAAAUGUAACAUCAAUGUUAUUAGUAAAGUAUUAAAAAAUAAUUUAAGUUCUGAAGCACCAUCAUCUUCAUCUGCAUAUGGUUGGAAAUGGGAUUUAAAAGUAACAUGGGAUCGACCAAAAAAUGUUCCACAUUUUCAUCCUUCAAAAUCCGGCGACUGUGGUAUAACUCAUAAUGUAAAAGAAACUGAUCCAGCAAAAAACUUCGGUCAAUGCGAAGAAUAUAAAACGGCUGAUGAAACCGUGAAGAAAUUAUUAUCUUUAGAAUAUUACCCAAAACAAGAAAUCAAACGAAAAAUAGUAGAAGCGGCUACAGAUGCAGUUAAAAGACAUAAAUACGAUAAGGGAUCAUUAGAAUUCAGAGUUGCAAAAAUGACAGCUAGGAUUGUGUGGUUACAAAAUUUUGUAGACGGAAAAGGGAAGUUGCAAAAGACGAAACAAUAUUUAGGAGAACUUAUUGACAAAAGGCAACGAUAUUUAAGAAAACUAAGGAUGUGGGAUUAUAAACGGUAUGAAUUUUUGAUUGAACGACUCAAUAUUAACUUCAGAACUACUCCUGAACCUGUUCAUCAAGUGACCAGAAAAGAUUCCUUACGGAAAUUAACUCAAAAAUAUCAUGAUAAAGUAGUGAAUGAUAAAAUAAAUGCAUAUAAAGCAGAGCUUGAAUCACAGCAAAAAGAUUUUUAUAAAGAAAAGGCUGAAAAGUUAGCUUUUAUUCGAUCGGAAGAAUUAAGUCUUGGAUUAGAACCAACUGUAACUGAACAAGAAAUUGCUGCAGCUCGUGAAAAGGCUGAGCAAUUAGCUCUAUUAAAAUAAAUUGUCUGUUAUAAUAAUAAUUAUUCUCAUUUAUUAGUUAGUUUUUAAUAUAAUAUAUGCACUAAUACUCUUAAAAA